UGCACUCUACUUCUCCCUCUCUCUCUCUCUCUCCCUCUCUCUCGCCGUGAUGGAGUUCGCUCAACCGCCGGAGCAUGUCUUCUACGUGAACUGCAACUUCUGCAACACAAUGCUAGUGGUUGGAGUUCCAUGCAAGCGAUUUUUGGAGACUGUGACAGUAAAAUGUGGCCAUUGUAGUAAUCUCUCCUUUCUCAGCACCAGAGCUAUGGUGCAAAACCAAUGCCCGGAUCUUCAACUAGGAUGUCAGGGUUUCUCCAACGAUCUCAGGAGAGUUCAUCACUCACCGUCCGCUUCAUCAACGUCCAGCCAACAGACGAUCCCCACCAUUCCUUACAUUGUUAAACCACCUGAGAAGAAACAUAGGCUUCCAUCGGCUUACAAUCGAUUCAUGAAGGAGGAGAUACAGCGGAUCAAAGCUGCGAAUCCAGAUAUUCCUCAUCGUGAAGCCUUUAGCAUGGCCGCGAAGAACUGGGCUAGGAAUGACCCGAACACGACGCAUGGAUCGGCUCCUGAGAAUGAAAAGCUAGUAAAUAUCAUCCACGAACAUGAACGAGCUAAUGGGGUUCUUCUGGAGGGUGUUGAUGAAGUGCAGUGCGUGAAGAAAGACGGUUAGGUUGUUUGAUCAGCUUUUGUUCUUAAACUCUUUCUUUGCUCAGUGACGUUUGUUGCUUGAUGGAUUAGUGCAUGUUUUAUUACGAAGAUGUAACUUAUCUAGUAUUUUGUACUCAAAAUGGAUCAACUGUGGGGAUUUGAAUAAUAUUUGGCUUUUGUUACUUUACA